CAGCCAUGGAUACUAAUAACCACCAUGUUCCCUUGUAUUUUUGGCUUUCCAUUGUCACAAUCUCAUACCUUGCCAUAGUCUCCACCUUUGCUCAUGAAUCCAGCAACUAUAUCAUCCACAUGGAUUCAUCAUUUAUGCCCAAAGCCUUUGCUGAUCACCAUUCUUGGUACUUGUCCACAGUGGACUCUGUACUAUCCACUUCUUCCAUCUCUUCUAAGCUCAUAUAUAGCUACACUCAUGUCUUAAACGGGUUCAGUGCAAGUCUCUCUGUUUCUGAGCUGGAGGCCUUGAAAACCUCUCCGGGUUACAUAUCUUCAGUUAGAGACUUGCCGGCAAAACCAGACACGACGCACUCGUCCCAGUUUCUUGGCCUUAACUCCAAGACAGGAGCAUGGCCGGUGUCCAAUUACGGCAAAGGCACCAUUAUUGGUUUGGUGGACACCGGUGUUUGGCCAGAAAACGAAAGCUUUAAUGACGGUGGAAUGUCAGAAAUCCCAUCAAGAUGGAAAGGAGAAUGUGAAAGUGGAAUGCAAUUCAGCUCUUCACUAUGCAACAAAAAGCUCAUAGGGGCAAGAUUCUUUAACAAAGGCUUAGCAGCAGCAGACCCCAAUGUGACAUUUGCGAUGAACUCCACAAGGGACACCGACGGCCACGGGACCCACACCUCUUCUACGGCCGCUGGAAAUUAUGUAGCCGGAGCAUCGUACUUUGGUUAUGCCCCGGGUACUGCCAGCGGCAUGGCGCCUCAGGCUCACGUGGCCAUGUACAAGGCUUUGUGGGACGAGGGCGUCUUGUCGUCUGAUGUAAUUGCUGCCAUCGAGCAAGCAGUUGUGGACGGUGUGGAUGUCUUAUCCCUAUCGUUCGGAUUCGAUGGCAUUCCGCUGUACGAGGACCCUGUUGCCAUAGCCACAUUCACAGCCAUGGAGAAAGGUGUCUUUGUUUCCACAUCGGCAGGAAAUGAUGGACCUUACUAUGGUAGUUUGCAUAAUGGGAUCCCUUGGGUUCUAACAGUUGCAGCUAGUACCGUUGAUCGUGACUUUCAAGGAACUGCACACCUUGGAAAUGGAGAAUCCGUCACAGGAUUGACUCUUUUUCCGGGGGUUAAUUCGUCUUCAACUCCAAUCCCAAUGGUUUUCAUGAAUGCAUGUGACAGUUCAAAGAAGUUAAACCAGGUUAGGAAGAAGAUCGUUGUGUGCCAGGACAACAGUUCACUUGUGGACCAAUAUAUUAAUGUUCGAGAUGCAAAUGUUGCCGGAGGUAUCUUCAUCACUAACAACACCGACUUGGAAUUGUUCCUCCAGAGCCAAUUUCCCACACUUUUUCUGAGUCCCAAGGAUGGUGAAACUAUCAAAGACUACAUCAAGAGCAACUCUAACCCGAAAGUAAGCUUUGAGUUUCAAAAGACACUUCUUGGUGUUAGACCAGCACCCACUGUGACUAGUUACACAUCUAGAGGUCCAUCUUACAGCUUCCCCUUUACUCUCAAGCCAGACAUUACAGCACCCGGGUCACUAAUCCUCGCUGCAUGGCCUCAAAACAUUUCGGCAGCGAGGAUUAACAAGAAUCAGGACCUGUUUAGCGAAUUCAACUUGUUGUCCGGGACAUCCAUGGCGUGCCCGCAUGCAGCUGGGCUAGCCGCGCUUUUGAAAGCUGCACAUCCUGAAUGGAGUCCUGCAGCUAUCAGAUCAGCUAUGAUGACUACAUCGGAUAUCUUGGAUAACACACUUAGACCCAUUAAGGACAUUGGGGAUGAUUUGCAACCGGCUAGUCCUCUUGCCAUGGGAGCAGGUCAUGUCAAUCCCAACAAGGCCCUUAACCCGGGACUCAUAUACGACGCGACCAUAGAUGAUUAUGUGAACCUUCUUUGUGCACUAAACUACACCCAGAAACACAUCCAAAUCAUCACCGGAUCGGCCUCGAACAAUUGUUCAACUCCGUCAUUAGAUCUAAACUACCCUUCGUUCAUUGCAUUUUUCAAUGCUAAUGAUUCAAUGUCGGGCGUACAAGCCACUCAAGAGUUCAAGAGGACGGUGACCAAUGUAGGAAAGGGGCAGUCGACAUACGUUGCAAGCGUGACAGCAAUGAAAGGAUUUGAAGUUGGAGUGGUUCCAAACAAAUUGGUUUUCGGGAGGGAAGGUGAGAAGCUGAGCUUUAAAAUGAGUAUAAGAGGUCGAAGACUGAUGGAAGAGACGGAGGCUUUUGGUUACCUGACUUGGGUGGACAGUGAAGGCCAACAUGUGGUGAGAAGCCCCAUUGUAGCCACAAGACUCAGCUCGGAUGUAGUUAUGUCUUCGUCACGCAUCCACUAGCUAGAGUAGUAUGUGAUUCGACCCCAUUACUUCCCUCUGCAAAAAUAAGACUCAUUUCACAUAGGAUCAUGCUAACACUUGGAUGAAAUCAUGCAGACUAUUGGCAAGGGUUUUCUG